UUCAACGCGUUUAAAAUGAUUGCGGCGUUUGUUUUCCCGAAAUGGUUGAACACAUUGUUGAAUAUAAGGACUCAAUUGGUUGAACCGCCGAAUGAAUUCAUAUUUGAAUUGACGCGACAUAUACUCGACAAACGACGCAAAGGCGAGAAGAAUAACGACUUCUUGCAACUGCUUAUCGAUGCGAACGCUUCCGAUGUCAACAAUAAUCAGGACUUAUCGGCCGAUAAGAAGGAGUCCCUUCACUUCAAUGAAGAUGAGGACGAAAUUAUGGCUCAAAAGAAAACAUUUAGUUUGAAUUUUGCGAACAAAACGCUAUCGGAAGACGAAAUCAUGGCUCAGGCGUGGGUUUUCUUAUUGGCGGGCUUUGAGACAACGGCCACAACAUUAGGCUAUAUAUCAUACGAAUUAGCCCUCAAUUCUGAUAUUCAGGAGAAGCUCUACGCAGAAGUGGCCGAAGCUUUUGAUUCGGACGAUGAGAUUAGUUAUGAAAGCCUUCAAAGACUGCCGUAUUUGGAUGCAGUGGUCAGCGAAACCCUACGUAAAUAUCCAGCGAUAACACGACUCGAACGCGAAGCCGGCAAAGACAUGAAGUUAGGCGACACCGGAAUCAAACUAUUCAAAGGACAAAUGGUUGAGAUUCCGGUCUACGCUAUCCAUCACUCGGAAAAAUACUACAAAAAUGCCGACCAAUUCAUUCCCGACCGGUUUCUGGCCGAGAAUCGCAAGAAUUUAGUUCCCUAUACGUAUAUGCCAUUCGGCACCGGACCCCGCAAUUGCAUUGGUAUGAGGUUUGCCUUAAUGGAGGUCAAGCUAUGCAUCGCUCAUAUCGUGAAGAGAUUUCGGUUUAUGAAAUGUGCCGAAACUGAAAUACCCCUUCAAUUCAUGAAUUUAACGCCACUUUUGACCUCUAAAAGCAUUUCCCUUAACAUUGAAAAGAGA